GGUAUCGUCCUGUCUCCAUCGCCUUCUUGGCGCGUUGUAUUAAAAUCGAAUUUAGUACAUAUUUUUUAGUGCAGUGGGUUUUGGGUAGCCGGUCGAGAACGUUCGCUUUUUUCAAGUUUUGUCUUUGAGAACAAUACAGCAGCACAACAAUGUCAUUUAAACACCGGUCAAGUCGAUACGAUGAUGGUGAUGAUGAUUAUAGGAGAAGACCCCCAGCAAGGUGGUCCCAGGGCCGUAAACGUGGAGCCGAUGGGAAGCUGAGGCAGCAAGAUGACGCAGAUUCCACUUUGUUUGAUGACCAAGAGAAGGGGAGUUAUGAUAACCCCCAUUUGGACCAAAGACCACCAAGUUUUACAACUCCAGAAGCUGAAGGACCGUUCCCACGAUGUUCAGAUUGGGCCAAAUGUGUGGAGGAGGAAGAGCUGAGAACAGAUGUAAGGAAAGACAUGCAGAGGUACAGAAGACGAAUCUUGGUUAAUGAAAUGUAUGACAGGGAAAGGAAGGCCUCCUCUGGAAGCUCUGAUUCCAGAGACUCUCCAGUGCCAGCUGAAUUGGAAACUGAUGAGAGGGUACUUAUGCGGAGACAAAAGCAGAUAAACUAUGGGAAAAAUACUAUUGCUUAUAACAGAUACAUUAAUGAGGUUCCUAGACACUUUCGACAACCAGGGAUUCAUCCAAGGACUCCCAAUAAGUUUAAGAAGUACAGUAGGAGAUCUUGGGACCAGCAGAUACGUAUCUGGAGGGUUGCCCUACAUGCUUGGGAUCCACCAGAGGAAGAAGGCAGUGAUUUACAAGCAAUUGAGCCGAUUGACUUGGAUGAUAUGGAGGUUGAAUCAGGGGCCAGUGGUUCAACAGAAUCUGAGACAAGUUCCCAUUAUAUGAAAGCCUGCAAAGCACCAGCUUCAACACCAGAAAAUUCCUGUUCUGGCACUCCAAACAAGAUGAGACGCACAGAGAACGAAAUGGAGGCUGCUUUUGACUUGGGAGCAUGUUUGGCAGAUACUGAAGAUGGCAGCCUUUGGUCAAGCUAGUAGUAAACUGGUCUUUU